GGGUCCGCAGAGACCCAAGGUGGGAGGGCGGCCGAGGAGAGAGGGGGAGCGAUUCACCCCGGGAGCUGUGGAUUGCAGGAACAGAUCAAAUGUUGGGAAGAUGUCCGAGACGAGUUCCAUCAGCUCUGGUUCGACGGUGGGUUCCGGGAACCGGGUUUUACAGCUGGCGAGCAGGGGAGAGUGGGCAACUCUGGAGCAGGCAUUGAAAAGCAUUGACAAGGGGGACCGGGACAUCUCCCACACAGACGAGGAUGGGAGGACCGCCUUACACAUUGCUGCGGCACAUUCAAAGGAGGAAAUCAUUCGUCUGCUCCUGGCAAAGAAAUGGGACCCUAAUCUCACUGGAGGGCACAAGGAUCAGUUGCCUCUACAUUUUGCUGCCGGGAGGACGAGUGGUACUCUCAACAUAGUACAGAUGCUGCUGAAGUCCUCAAACAAAGAUGCUCGAUUGAUGCAAGAUAAGGAUGGGUGCAUUCCCUUGUUUCUAAGUGCUGAAGCCAGUAAUAUUGGAGUCUGCAAGGAACUUCUUGGAAUUAAUGCUGAUCUGCAACUCAGGACACAGCGAAAGGAUAAUGGUGACACAGUCUUACAUGUUUGCUGCAGAAAAAAAGAUGUAGAGUUGGCCAAACUCAUGGUGGAAUUUGGUGCUGGUGCUGAUUUUCAAAAUGUGAGUAAGCACUGGUAUAGAACAACGUUGACAAAUUACACAGUGACCUUAUAA